AUGUCCCCCAUUGCAGGCCCAUCCACACUGAAUGUGGGAAAUGCAAGUGGUACAGCGACUUUCCAGAUGCCGUCUGAGGUGGUGACUGGGGUGAAUGGCAAUGCUAGAAAUGCGUUGAUUACAGAAGCAGACCGCAAUCAAUCAGAUGGAGUGGAGUGGGGCAGUUCAAGGCCCCAUUCGUUUGAGCCUCAAAUGUUGUGGACACAGAGGCCAAGUGCAUUCGAAAUUAACCCUCCUCUCAAUUUGCAAAAUAAUUUAACACUGGAUCGAACCAGAUUGUCAAUUCCGAAUUUGUUUCAUCCAAAUCAGUUUGAGCUGAAUUCUUCUAAAGUGGAGUCAAGGCCAAAUCGAAUCACCUCCUUAACUUCCAUUUCAAACGAACCUCUUCAUCUGAACCGAAUUGUCCCAACUCCAUCUCCUACGGAGCACUCUUCAUUAGGGAAUAUACUUAUGAUUGAUGCAACGAAGUUGAUGGCGAACGUAACUGCAGGUUCCCACAUGUUUCCUUCCUUCACCUCCUCAAUACCUACCUUAUCAACGAACGUUCCUGAUACUCGAGAUUUGAAGGACAUAAUUUAUCCUCAUAAUGAAUGGUUGACAAUUGCUUUGGAAAAAUUUAAAAAGAUGCCCUCUGCGUCUACAGCCUUUGUUAAUCCUUUCCCGACAUCAAAUGCACAAAGUGGAAGCGAAGCGGAUGUUUCCGCCUCUUUUCUUCACGGAUUCCUCAGUGCAGCGACUGAGAGAUUUAGAUCAAACCAGAAAAGCACGAAUGAGACUGACUGA